UGUAUGAAGCUCUUGCAUUGAUAACCCGCAGCUCAGCCUCACUUCGUCUCACUUUGUGGCUGUCCUCAUCACCUUGAACGUCCUCCGGCUCGCUCUGUCUCCUUUCUGCUUCUAACUGCUGGACCGUCUGUGGCUGCGCUCGGACCCCCUGCCUUUAGCUGUCACCAUGACACCCACUGCGCCGCUUUUCCUGCUGCUGCUCCUCGGCCUUAUCGGAGCUCAGGCCACCUUUGAUCAAUACAUGGCCGCAGCUAUGGCAAAAGGUCAGUGCAAAACCCGUCCCAUGGACCUAGUGUUCAUCAUAGACAGCAGUCGUAGCGUUCGCCCCUCAGAGUUUGAGCAGGUGAAGGUGUUUCUGACAAAAGUCAUUGACGGGCUGGACGUAUCACCCUCCGCCACCCGGGUUGGAGUCGUCAACUACGCCAGCAGGGUCAAGAAUGAGGUCUCUUUGAAAACUCAUCAGUCCAAAACUGCUCUGGUCAAGGCUGUGAGCAAAAUUGACCCUCUUUCCACUGGAACGAUGACCGGGUUGGCAAUCCAGUAUGCCCUAAACGUGGCCUUCAGUGAGAAGGAGGGAGCUCGGGUUAAAUCCUCUGAUGUCAGCAAGGUUGCCAUUAUCGUGACAGAUGGGCGUCCGCAGGACAACGUGAAAGAAGUCGCUCAGCGUGCUCGGGAUGCAGGCAUUGAGAUCUUCGCCAUCGGUGUGGGACGUGUGGACAAGCCCACCCUGAGGCAGAUGGCCAGUGAACCUCUGGAUGACCAUGUGGAUUAUGUAGAGAGCUACAGCGUCAUUGAGAAGCUCACCACGAAGUUUCAGGAGGCCUUCUGUGAAGAACCACAAGACCUGUGUGCCACUGGGGAUCAUGACUGUCAGCAGGUAUGCAUAAGCACCAAAGCAUCAUACAAGUGUGGUUGCAAAGAUGGCUUUACCCUAAUGGAUGACGGUCGCAGUUGCAGUGCUUGCAGCAAUUCUGCAAUAGACCUUGUAUUUGUAAUCGAUGGCUCAAAAAGCGUGCGUCCUGAGAACUUUGAACUGGUCAAGAAAUGGAUCAACCAGAUCAUUGACAAACUGGAUGUCUCUGAAAAAAAUACUCAUGUUGGUCUUGUGCAGUACUCUAGUACUGUCAAAAGUGAGUUUCCCCUCGGCCGAUACAACAACAAGAAAGACCUCAAAGAUGCCGUGAAGAGAAUGGAAUACAUGGAGAGGGGGACCAUGACAGGUUUGGCUAUUUAUCACAUUGUAAAUCACGACUUCACCGUACUUCAGGGUGCCCGGCCUGGUGUGCAAAAGAUUGCCAUCGUCUUCACUGACGGACGGAGCCAGGACUAUAUUGGAGAUGCAGCUAAAAAGGCAAAGCAGUUUGGUUUGAAGAUGUAUGCUGUUGGAGUGGGCAAUGCCUUGGAGAGUGAGCUGAAACAGAUUGCCUCUGAGCCUGUUGAAGAGCACUAUUUCUACACAGCUGACUUUAAGGCUAUGAGCCAAAUUGCCAAGAAGCUAAAUAUAAACGUCUGUGAUGACCCUUGUGAGUGUGACAGUCUUGUUAAGUUCCAGAAGAAAGUAGACGAUGCCCUACAAGCACUAAACAAAAAAUUAGAGGGUAUGGCGAAGAGGAUUGCCCUGCUGGAGAACAAAAUUGUUUGAAGACUCCCAAGCAACUGAUCUCUGUGGAUCUCCACACAACCUGUUGCAUUCAG